AUGGGCAGGGGGCUCCCCCAGCCGGGAAGCCCACCGCAGCCGAGCACGCCCUCCGGGAGGCACAGGGAGCAAUUGCAGUUUGCAAAACGGCGCAGCCUGCGGCGCGGCCGCUGCACGCUCGACCCCGGGUCGGGACAUUUUCCUCCGGUCGUGGCCCCCUCCCCAGCGGGCUUGGCUGCGCGGCCAGCGGCACCCCCCCCGCCCCGGGGCUUCCAAGCGCGCUCGCCCGCACGGCGAGACAACCCGCGGAGACGCGAGCUGCGAAAAGGAGCCGGGGGCCGGGCCGCCGCCUGUCAGCGGGUUAAAGAUGGAGCCGGCGGCGAGCGCGCGCCACGAGGUGCGGGGUGGUCCUGGGGGGCGGCGCUGGCGGGCGGCCGCCCGGACCUCCCCGCGCAGCCUCCCGAGGCCUGUCCCGGCCCGGGGCGGAAGGGGCCUCCCGCCGCCCGAGCCGCCGAAGCCCUCGAGCAUGGAGGUCCUGGACGAGUUCGACAGCGAGUUCCCCCAGAGCGUGACCUUCUGCCAGCCCAUCUCCUUGGAGGAGUUCGAGAGGCAGGCAGCGACCUACACGGAGCGCGCGCUGCGCCGCCUCUUCCGCAGCCUCGACCGCAACCCGGCGCUGGCCGAGAGGGUGGUGCGCAAGGGCAAGCUGGCCGAGCCAAGGUCUCCAGUGCCGUCCAGGGGGAGCUGAACUGUUGCAACAGCAUGGGCGCCCCGGAGAUGCAGCAGCGCCUGGAGCAGCUGAAGAGGCGCAUCCACCGCGUGCACCUCUACGCCCAGGAUGCCAGGAAGAAGAGAAGGAAGCCAAAAUCGAGAAAACCAGAACCCAUCCUCUCGUGGGACCGGUCGCGCUCCCCGGGCCUGCCACCAACCCCGCUGCCACCGCCACCACCUGCCACCACCGUGGCCUCCAUGGGGGCCCCAUCACCCGCUGUCUACACUAUGCCCAGGGUCUUUGGCCCCUUCCCUCCGCUGCCCAGCACGUCGCUGGGGAGGCGCCCCUGGAGGAGCCCAGAGCUGCGUGUGUCCUGCCCCACCCUGUCCUGCAGCCGCGUGGUCGACCUGACCCCCUUGGUCCUCAACCCUGGAGGCUUCCACUUCUCCUACUUGGCCGGGAGCAACACGCACAAGCUCCGCUGCCCUGGCUUCCCCUGGACCUCGGCCUGUGGUGGCUCUGCCAGCCCCGAGGAGGUGCCAGCCCUGUCUGUGAAGGCCUCCAUCUUCACCCCACCUGUCCUGCUCAAGUUCCAGCCUGUGCCCAGACCCAAAGAUGACUCAGAGAACGAUCCUGGCAAUGCAGAGUCCGUGCCCCACCAGAGGGACCCGUAA